GAUUGGCUGGUGCGUCGUUAACUAUUCAUGACGGGGCGGGCCGGGCUGGUUGGCCUUUGUUAACCAGAGAGGGCGAGGCCUUGGGGAUUUUCGCUGAGGGCUUCACUGAGCGGUGUUUCGUUACCGGAUUGGCGUCGAGAUGUCCUACGUCCCGGGCCAGCCGGUCACCGCCGUGGUGCAAAGAGUUGAAAUUCACAAGUUGCGUCAAGGUGAGAACUUAAUCCUGGGCUUCAGCAUUGGAGGUGGAAUUGACCAGGAUCCCUCCCAGAAUCCUUUCUCAGAAGAUAAGACGGACAAGGGCAUUUACGUCACACGGGUAUCCGAAGGAGGCCCUGCGGAAAUUGCUGGGCUGCAGAUCGGGGACAAGAUCAUGCAGGUGAACGGCUGGGACAUGACCAUGGUCACACACGACCAGGCCCGGAAGCGGCUCACCAAGCGCUCGGAGGAGGUGGUACGUCUGCUGGUGACGCGGCAGUCGCUGCAGAAGGCCGUACAGCAGUCCAUGCUGUCCUAGCAGCCGCCAGGGCCCCCGACUCGUGCCUGCCCGCCCUCUGUACAGCGACACCACUUCCACGCUCUGUCUGCCCCUCGUCCUGGCUUCUGCUCAUUGCUGGGCCCCCGCCUAGAAGGGCAAGAGCUGGUCCCAGAGGCCUGACCUGCCUUCCCCUCUCCCGCCACGGGCCCGAAGCUCUGGGACCAGCUCUCUCCCUUGGACACUGAGGAUUGGAAACAAGGGCCUGGAGCCGAGUUGGAGUCAGUCCCCAGUCUGUGACCAAGGCUUGGCCCCCAGACCCUGCUGCCGGGCCACAGCAGGCGAGCAGGGGGCCACCCUUCCUGAGAGCACCAUGUAGUUGGGAAACGCAGGGCUGGGCACUGCCCCCGUGUCUUGGCUCCACAGUGCCUGUGCCCCUUGCUUUUCCCUGUAUUUCCCAGCGGGGACUCGACUCACUGCCAGAGACACUACGAAGGUUUGUCCAGAUGGAAGCCAGGCAGGCUCGCAGCUCACCCCGUUGCACUCCCGCUCCCCAAGGGGUGCGGGCCUCCCCAGGGUUCACUUGCUUAACAGGAUUCAGAUGAGGUCUGAGGCUGACAUUUCAGGGCAGUUCUCAGGAUUGCCAUUUUCCUCUAUGCCUUUGGGUUUAACGUUUGUAUUUUUUUAAUCACAACUUUGAUACAAAGCGUUUUUAUCGUACUCUUUGAAGAUGCCAGUUCAACUUUCGAAUUCAGCUAAUUCACAUCUGGGAAUUACUCUUAGCAAGGGAACCAGCCUUGCUUUGGUUACUGUGGAAAUGGGGCAGUAGGAAGCCACCCCACGUCUUGUGCCCAAUAAACAGUGCUGGAAUUCA